UCUUAAAAACAACAGGAAGGACCAAGGAAAGGGGUUGCUGGCCUGAGCAGCAAAGCCUUGACCCAAGAAUAUGACGCCAUGUAGGCGCAAAAAUAAUGUGAAUCGCUAGGCACAACUACACCGAAACCAAAAAAGAUCUUGCAACAGCAGCAGGAGUUGCACGUUUCCAUGGGUUCAUGUCUUGGCAGCAGUGCUGCCACCGCCACCGCCCCCGCCCAAACCGCAAACACAUCGACGUCUAACUCUAGCACUCACUCAACGACCUCGGGAUCGUCUUACUUGACAACCCCAUCACCCUUUUGGAUGGCAAACAGCUGGCUUGGGCGGCACCACAAAACCGGAGGUAGAGUUGAUGAACGAGAAAGAUACGGUCAACAGGUAGAGCUCAUAUCAAGUGCGAAAAGGACUUGCUGCCAACGAAACGGAUUCAUCUACCGCGUGCUACGGUUUAAGCGGAGGCAGCAAUGCCGAAAUUUGUUAGGCCAGAACUGUGAGCAGCAGUCCAGCUAUGCCAAGUUGCAGUGUGAGUGUGGCAGAGCCAUGCCUGAAAUUCAGAUGCAAAACCUGGACGCCUGCAAGCUGCUUAACGCCCAGGCAACGCCCACCAGAGAGACAGAGAUGGGACGAGGAAACGUUCUGCGCAUUUUUAACUCACGUGCCAGCUCCUCAUUGGACCUUGAGUGGGAGCACGAGUACUCGCAGCUGCGGCAGUACCAACUCCAAUGCCAACAAACUUGUAAGGAGCCACAUUCUAUGCCGCCCAAGCCACGAUAUACAUCCCUAGACCAGCUGGCGGCAGCUGCAGCAAUGGCUACCGUUCAAGGACGACAUGUGGCACGGCAAGCAAGGUUUAACAUCCAGCUCCACGGGGGCCCAAUCACGCGGACUUCCUGCUGCUCGUCCACGCAGAACUCCUGGUCCCAUACAUCCACGCCGGAGUCGCUUGAAUGGGACGUGGACGAAGAACGGGAGCAGCAGCGCCAGUUGCGCUUAGAGGACGACAAUUUAGAUGAAGGCACCCUAAAACUACUGCAUCAGAUCGAGCAGCUAAAACAUCAUGUGUUGCGGGAGACAGGAGACGGACUCAGCGUGGAGGUUAAGGCCGCCGAAGAGUUGACCGAGGGUCUUCAGUUGGAGACCCAUGUAAGUUAAUUUAGUAUUUUAAGAGGUGUCAAAUCACAUUUUAGUUGCAACUAAAAUACCUUCUGAGAAGUGUUCAUGAAGCCCUUGAAAGACACAUUUCCGCUUUCAAUCUGAUUGGCCGAAACUCAUUCCUAUUAUUUUGCUGUUAAUUACAAAAAUAAUGAUUUAUCAUUCGCAACGCAAAAUUAAUGGCAGAGGACAUAUUAUGUUCAAUGUCAAUUUAAAAUUUCGUUCUAAGCUCAAGUUGCCAGCACCCACGAGCACGAAACUCAUAAUUUUUCCUACAAGACGAACCAGUAAGAAGUAAAUGUAGUUAUUAUACCCUUG